GGCAUCGGGUAGCCGUAGCUCCAGCAGCCCCGAUCGCGACUCCGGUGCUCACUGCCCGCGGCCAGCCGGCAGCAUGGCUGAGUCUUCCAAACCAUGUCUAGAUGAAAGUGCAUUUGAAGCACUGGAGAAAGACUUCCAAGAUGUCAUCAAUCAGCUUAAGGGAGAUAAAGCUCUGGAAAAAUUCCGAAUAGAAUAUGAGAAGCUCCAUACUGUUCUGAAAAAGUCUCAUGAAAAUGAAAAGCGUCUCACGGAGAAAUGCAGGAGCCUGAAUGCUGAGCUUAUGGUGAAUUCAUCUAAAGCAGCUGCUCUCAUAAAGCUCUGUAAAGACGAUCAGAGUACUAUAUCAUCGAUGAAGACGGAGAUUGACAAGGCCUGGAAAAUGGUGGAUAUAGCCUAUGAAAAGGAGCAGAAAGCAAAGGAGAAGAUUGCUUCACUGAAAGAGGAAAUUGCACGCCUAAGUAAUUCAGUGGAGAAAGGAUCUGAAGCAUCCCUAGGACAAGACCGCAAAGUCUGGGAUUUGCUAAAAUAUAAAGAAGACAUAACAAAGGAGAGAGACCAACUGUUGUCAGAAGUUGUGGAGUUACGUCAAAGUCUAACUCAAGCUGCAGAACAGCAGCAGGCUAUGGAGAAGGCAAAAACUGAGGCAGAUCAAUCUAUUAAGCAGCUGCAGAAAGACAUCCAGGUGCAACAGUAUGAGGUAACACGAGAGACUCGAAAAAAGGAAAGAUUAGAGAAGGAUCUGAAAAAUCUUCUAGCUGAAAUGGAUGAUAAGCAAACUGAGAUAAAGAAUUUACAGCAAGAUAUACAGAGGAAUAAAGAGGAACAACUGAAAAUGGAACAGAACCUAAAAGAGCUGAAGCUCUUGAAUGAAAAAGCUGGUAAGGAACUUGAGCAACUACAUAUGAGAAAUAGUAAGCUCAUACAAGAGAUUGAGCAGCACAAUGUGGUGUUUGAAGAGGUGAUGAAGAACAUGCAGCAGAAGACAGCAGAACUGAAAGGCAGAGAUGAGGAAGUGGCUCAGAUGCGCCUUGAAAUUUCAAAGUUGAACAAAACAAGAGAGAUUCUCCAGAACAAGCUGCAUGCUGCAGAGGAACAGAAAACUGAUGCAGCACAUGAGAGAAACAUCCUAAAAAAUCAAAUAUCUGGACUGGAGAAAGAGUUGGAGGCUGCCAAAAAGCAGGCGGAUAUUGACAAAAAAGCUAUAGAGGAGCUUGGGAGGGAAAGACAUAUGCUAAGCAAGAACUUGGUCAAGGCCACCAGUGCCGCUCAGAAGCAGACAAAUCUGGUGAAGCUCCAUGAACAGUCAAAGAGGAACUUGGAAAGUGAAAUCCAAAAUUAUAAGACUGAAGCUCAGAAACAAAGGAAGAUUAUUUACCAUUUGGAGAAGGAGAGGGAUUCUUUCAUCAGUGAAACCAGUGAGCUCAAACAGAAGGUCCUCCAGAACCUGAAAGAUAUUGAAAAACUGGAAAUAGAGAUCUGUGACUAUAAGAAGAAUUUAGAAGAGUCUACAAUUAAACUUAAACAGGAACAAAGCCAGUGUGAAGCUAUGAGAACAGAGAAGAACCUGUUCAGUAAAAACCUGAUUGAAGCUAAGGAUGAGGUAUCAGAAAUGAAGAAGAAAUUGAAAUCUGUAAUACAUCAGAUGGACCAGCUGAAACAGGAGAUCAAAACCAAAGAAGAUGACCUUGUAAAAGCACAUCUGGAAAAUCAGCAAACAGAGAAGGAGAAGGAAUUAUUGAAAGCUGAACUGCUUCAGGUGAAAAAACAGGCUCUGGAAACCAAGAAGUUUAUGGAAAAUCAGGAGGCAGAAGAAAAAAGACUUCUAAAAAUUAUUGCUGAAGCUGAUGCUGAGAAGCUGAAGAAGAACAGGGAAAUUGAGCGGGUUGUCAAUGAGAGAAACAUCCUUGGGUCCCAGCUUGUUCAGCGCAAUGAUGAAGUGGCUCUCCUGUAUGAAAAGAUUAAAAUUCAGCAGUCCAUUCUAAACAAGAAUGAAAACCAAUACCAUCAGAGAAUGGAAGACAUCCAGCUUCUCAGGAUGGAGAUCAAAAAACUUAGGCAGGAGAAGGGAAUACUUGGCAAAAGUGUGGCUAAUAUGAAGGAUCUCAGACAGGAGAUUCAUCACAUGCAGAAAGAACUAGUAAGGGAGCAGACUCGAUGCAAAGUUUUGGAAGAAGAACUGGAGAAUCCCUUGAAUGUUCACAGAUGGAGAAAAUUAGAGGCCAGUGACCCAAGUACCUAUGAGCUGAUUAAGAAAAUACAAAGACUACAGAAGCAGCUUAUCACCAAGACAGGUGAAGUGAUAGAGAAAGAAUUACUCCUUCAGGAAAAGGAGAAACUGUAUGUGGAAUUGAAGCACAUCUUAGCCCGGCAGCCUGGGCCUGAAGCCGCAGAACAGUUGCAAUUCUGCAGGCACACUCUCCAAGAGAAGACUAAGCAGCUGAAAGUUCUGUCCUCAGAAUUGAAUAUGUAUGAAUCAAAGAACCAGGAAUACAAACAUGAAAUUGAAAGACUUGGCAACGAGCUUAUGAAUGUGAAAAAGAAAUAUCUGGCUCAGAAACGCAAGGAACAACAGGCCAAGGAGAAGAAACGACUCUUGACUGACAAGGAGCCAAAGUUUCCACACAACAGGCCUGAUGUUCCUCGCUUCAUCGGAGGGGGCUUUGCACUCAGCAGACCUCUUCCCAAACUUACAGCUUAGGAAUGGACUCAUCUCACCACAUUCCCAUUCCCAAUGUUUUGUUAAACUCUAUUUGUGAUGGAUUGUUUGAGAAACUGUAAUUUUAAAUGAAAUUCAGAAUCAACUUUCUCUCUGAAAUCAGUGUAUUGUCUUCAGGAAAAGGCAUUUUAUAGUAGAAUAAACAUGGUGUUGGUUUAAAAACUGUGGACCAAAUCUGCUCUUAUAAUGCAAGUGGAAGCUUGCACUGGUGUAACUUAAUAAUGGAGACCAUGCAGACACUUCUUCAAUACUGUGUCUUUAUUUAGCACUGUAACAUCACAAAAUGCCUUAAUAUGUAGUUAUUUCUCCUUUCUCUACCUCUAUUGUAAGCACUCCAUUUAUCUUCGGACUGAAAGCACCUGAAAAAAAAAAAAGAGAAAACAGAGAAGAAUCAAAAUUAAUAGGCUGAUGUUUCGAGCCCUGCUGAGCAAAUGCAAAAUUAACAAGUCUUUACUUAGAUGUACACAUGUAGCAGUUCUUUGUGCAGGUAGUACAUAAUAGGGUUUAUCCAGUGUUUGCUACAGUUAGUAAGAUCAAGGCAGUUCGCAGCCACAUUGUGCAUUAUUAAGAACACCAUUCUGUUUACUCUGGUAGACACACAGUGGCAUAAUUAUGUCUGUUCAACCGGGGACACUGUACACACUGACUGGGAUGUGCUGUUUUCCCACAUAAAUCCUUCCGAGUGAUUCAAAGUUGGACUCAGAACACGGCAAACUUCACUCUUCAACUUCUAGACACUUGGGCAUUUUUGGAACUUUCAGAAAUUGUUUUUGUAAUGCAGCAGGAGCCCUCCAACCUUUUCAGCCAAAAGAGAUUUAAUUACCAUUCAUUAACAAGUGAAAUAACAAAGUCACGGCAUGAGGUGCUGAAGUAUAGAAAACUUCCAAGCUGUAAAAUAAAAUGUUUUGAAACUGAUUUGUACACGGAAGCUUUUUCCCAGCCUGGGGGAUAAAAAUACUUGUCCAAAGAGAUAUGCUGAUAAAUAUUUCACAUGCAUAUAAAAAAAAAGCCUUUGCAAAGAUUUUGUUCUUUCCUUUGGUGGAAUACGUAAUUAAAUAUUAAAGCUACUGUGGGAAACUUUUAA